UCUCCAUUGUGCUUUAAAAAUGGGCAGCCACACAGGUAUAGGGCUAGCUAAGGUUAACAUAUACACAGACAAUGGGAAGGAGCAAAAUACAAGUGCUUUAUGAUGCUUGCCAUGCCUUGUUCUCUCAAGGGAAGCUUCCAACUUUUCAACAAAUCCACUACCUGAAAAAUCUACUAGACAAUUUUGAAGCAAUAGAUGUAGGAAUCGACGAGUUCGGGUUUUGUGAGUCUCCUACAUCAGAUUCAAGCAGGGGAUUGCUUUGUGAGCAUGGUUUCUCUGAAAUAACAUACAUUCACAUUCAUGAAUGUGACGAUUUCUCUAUAGGAGUGUUCUGUCUCCCAGCUGGAAAAGUGUUUCCACUUCACGAUCACCCGGAAAUGACAGUGUUGAGCAAGAUCUUAUAUGGCUCUGUCUAUGUCAAAGCUUAUGAUUGGAUCAAAUUGGAUAGUACUAAGUGCCCAACAAUAGGAUUGGCCGGGAAGGUAAUAGAUCAAGUAAUGAAAGCACCACAUGAGCCAACAGUGUUAUUUCCAAGAAGUGGUGGAAACAUUCACUCUUUCAGAGCUUUGACACCAUGUGCAAUACUAGACGUGCUAUCUCCACCAUACUCUGAAGAGUUUGCAAGGCCUUCAACUUAUUACUCAGAUGUCCCUAUCCCUUCACUUAAUGGUUAUGCCAUUCUAGAGGAGAAACCGUUGCCUAGUGACCUAGUUGUUCAUGGAGCGCAAUACCUUGGACCUUCGAUUGAAACCAUGGACGAUUACAACUUUGGUCAAAUCGGUUAUGGAAACUUUGCAAAUUGAAUAUGUGUGUAUAUUAUAUGUCAAUGGUAUAUAAAUAACUAUUAUUACAAACACUCAUCAAACACCUCAUUUUUCUCUCUCAA